AUGUACCAGAGCCAGACGAGCCGAGGCGUGCCCAUACCACUGCCUCGUGCCGUCCUCGACGCCGCGUACCCAGACAACCCCGACAUUGUUGAUGCUCAUUGCCGCCUCCGCUUGAACGGCGAUGCACCACGAUGGGGCAUUACUGCCAAGGAGACAAGCCAAUUCAUGUCAGGCUGGGACCAGGAGCAGUUUACGGUUAACCUUUUGCCUAUACAUGACGGAAGCAGAGAACCGCCACCACCAUCCACGUCGUCGGAGUCUGAUACUGCGCCAGGUGGAGAGAUACGGCGCCCUGAGGGAAGUCGUAUUUCCCAGGUGCCGGAGCACGCAUCUGGCCAGAACGCGUCGACACCGGCAAGUCGGAUGUUUGGCUCCGACGCCGAUGGUUCUUCUGCCCCUGCUCUCGGCUCGACGAACACUGCCGAUUUCAGGUCAUCAAGUGCCCCUGAUGUUCUCCUGAUGACUCCUGUCGAAGGCGAAGAUGGCGAGCUGGAUAACGUGUACAGCGACGGCUCCAUGGCUUUUACACUUGCCGCUGCCCCAUCAUCGCCUCCGCAGACGGUGCCCGCCGUCGAUUCCACCUCUCAGCAUGCCAUCAACCCGGAUGACAAUAUUUCGUCGUCGUCACAUUUAGAGAAGGCGACGCCGCAAGUCUACAAUGCUGAGACAGAAACGGCCAUUGAAACCGCAGUCCGGCUAAUUGCCAAAGCCCGUGCAGCUGCCGCUACGAGAUACGAUCGGGCAAAGGCAGCGAAUGACUGUGCGGUAUCUGCAACUGCCCAGAUCGAGGAGAUCAAGCUGCCCGUCAAGCCUUCGCAGCUAUCACCAUCUGCGCCCACCGUUAUGAUUGCGUCGUCUUCCUCUUCCUCUUCAUCGUCUUUUGCCUCCGUCUUGACCGCAGCUGGUGGUAAAGCGGACGACAUCUUUUUUCACAAGAUGGGCGAAGACGCACAUAGAGAUUACCGCCUCUAUACGAACGACGCGCACAGCGACAGCGACAGUGGUAGCGACAGUGAAGAAGAACUGGAGGCUUUGUUGAUGCAGCUGAGUGACGGCGGUGGUGAUGACAGCAAGAGCACAGCCAGCAGUACCGUCACAAUCACUCAAGAAACAGCGGACGCCCGAGCGGCGGCAAGGACAGUAGCUGCUGCUGCCGCCGCGUCAGUGAGCUUUCCUGAGUCCAAGUACUUUUUUUUACAACAAGACGUUCAAAUCACCGCCAACGCUCCGUCCGAGGCUUCGUCAGAAACUGUCACGGUGGGGCCAUCUACACCUCCCCUGGCACAAUCGGAUCUGCAACCACCGCCGCGACCGUCCCUGAUCUUGCUUGCCGAUGACGGUGAGACGUUCCCUCUAAGCGAGGGGACUGAAGAAGACCACAUCCAAGCGAUCCUGCGGUGCGAAGAGGAGCGCGCGACGGGUAUCCAGCUGAACCGUGACCCGGUACACUUUGCAAUGCGCCCGCCAGAGACUGGCGUGAGAGCAGCCCAAGUCCCUUUCCCCUACAAUCUCGGACCAUCGUGCAGCUGGGCACCGUACUUCUUUUAUGGCAAGCCCGCUGCAGGGAUGUUCAUACCUACCACGACGCAUGUGGGAGGGAACGGCACGGGUACGAGAGAUCAGGAUCAGGUCCCGAUGCCCUACAUCGAGCAUACGAAUCUCUCAGACUCGCCUCUUGGUAUGCCUAUGGGUACGCGGGUGAUUAACUUCUUGCCCGACUUUGGAACACACUCACCAGUUCGCUGCUUCCUGCACACGAGUUGCGAUGGGCCGCCGCCGGCAGCUGUAGCAUUACCGAUGUUGGCUUCGCUGCCUUCUUUUGGAACCGCAACCACAGGAGCACGUGUGUCGACGCUGCCAACUGAGCCGCCACCAUUGCAGCCUCCACCUCGGCUUAGUCAGUGGAAUCAGACGCGCCGCCCGACAAAUCGCGAGAGCCAUGACGCACGUUCGCCCACGGAUAAUGGCUGCGAAGACAACAGCCGUGCCACCAGCUUGGCCAUAUCCGAGUAUGCAAUUGCCGUGGGUGCCUACAAAGAGUGGACGCACACGUGCAUUGCCCUACAUCAAAUUGCAGGCCACGUGACGUCCUCUCACGUUGAAGCGGCGGCGACAGGGCUGGCUGAUCUCGUGCGGCAUCUCGUGCACAACGCGGAGAAAAUGGGCCUUCUGUCACGGUCUGUCUACCAAGCUGAGCUGCCAACAACGGCAGUGGCAUCGCCAUCGCCCACCACACCCGUUGCAACUUGUUACAAGCAAGUCUUCUGGGCCAAGUUUGUGGCGCUUGCCUUCGCUGUGUUCAGCGAGCACGCUCUACGCAUGGAUCUGGCCGAGGGAGCCAGUGACUGGGCAAAGACGGUUCCUGAAUCUGUCACCGUCGAGGCACUGACGAUUCCGGACCGGACCCAGACGCCGAUACCGACGCCUCUCACAGGCCGCACCUACCGUUUGGAGAGCUGCGAGAGUCCCGCCAACAUGACCCCGGAGUUCUGGUGGCGGCACGGUCGGCAGCUCGACCUGGAGUGGGAGACCUUUUUACACGACUGCAAGACGAAACAGUCCCAGCCACGUGUCUACAAUGACGAUGAGGCCGAGAAGCCAUACGAGCCCGUUCCGGCAAGCGCCCGGCUGCCCGGCGAGGAAGACGAGGCUCAGUAUGCCGAGUACGAUGUGUACAAAGACUUUGGCAACCACGACGGCAUACACUCAAAGUACGAUACGGCCGAGGGCCAGAACGGUCGCACAAAUGGGGAUGGCGCUCAAAACGAUACGACGCUCAACGAAAACGACAUCGUCCCCAACCCCGAAACGGAGAAAGACCACAUUGACGGGGACAAAAACACCCGACAAAGUGGCGGUGUGCCCGUCAACGGUACAAUUCAAGAGCAACUCGUGGCCUCUCCCAGCAACCUCAAUCUCAUAGCGCAGUUCACAGCCGUGCGCCUCCGAGGCGGCCUACGCACUCUCGCCAAUGUGAUCUACGGCGGCGGUGAUGACAGUUGUGGCAGGCACCCCAUCCGGCCAGAUGCCGAUACGGUUCUCGCGCGUGCGCAGUUUGACAUGCUGCAGGCCAUGGCUGACGACACAGUCGAGAGCUACGCGCGAAUUCUGCACUGGCGCCCACGCGAAGGCCCGCCGUCUCACAAAGGCAUUCGGGCUACGAGGCAGAAGCUGGCCCGCACGUACCGCCAUCCUCUGGAGCUGUACAGUUUGGUGAUGUAA